AUGGAGGCCGAUACUGCAAAUGAGGGCAAGUCCAUUGAAGCCUUCGCAAGGCAAUGUCUCGACGCUUUGCAAAGGUGUCUCGAUAGUACGCCACUAAAGCGUUACGGAUGGGCCGAAAACACAAAGGCAGAGUUCCUAUCUUGGACUGCUACCGCGGACGUUUUUGGCGACACCGAAUCUCCACUCGACUCAAGGCUGGAGUUUGAGCCGGAUACCAAGAAUGCUGUUGUGCGCCUCCUCUCCUUACUGCUAAAUUGCAUUCAAGGUUGCCAAAAGAGUGCAUCCGAACAAGAAAUCAAGCAUGAUGGGGCCGCAAUUGCAUGUAGCGAAAACCAACAAGAUAGCUCACCAACUGAUGAUCCGAAUGUGACAGGCCCGACAACAAGACAAUUUUCUCCGUCGUCGGAUCUAUCAUCUUCGGAGUUAGGCGAUGAAGACAACUCAAUCCAGACAACUCGUGUCGGUAUGACCUCUCUUGACUCGGCCAAGAGCGAGGUGGACUCCCUCAUUCGCCAGCUCAAACGGAUUGACGAGGCUAUGAGAAAGCCUAAGCCAAAUCCUAUAUUACAGAGAGCAGACAGAACUUUCCAACCGAAGGAUUAUGAGGAUUUGCGCGACCAGCUUACCGUUAUCGUCCUUGCCAAAGGCUCCGAAGAGGUCCGACAGUAUCGGGAUGUUGACCGCAAUUCGCUGACGCCUUUGCAAGAACGUUUAAUAAAGGCGAAUCUCAGACGGCGCCAUAUGUUUUUAUAUGCACAAAAGGAUGCUAGGAAUUUCGAGUUUGAUCCUCAGAACACCAGCUCCAACUUGACGGGGCCGGUUCCAGAUAGCUUUGCCAAGACGGCCCUUGCCGCUACGACUGUCAACAUUGGCUAUCCGCGUCCUCCAAAACUAAAGGAAGGGCAGAAAUCCUUUCGUUGCCCUUAUUGCUGUCAGGUGCUUCCGGAAAUGCUGCGAGAGGACACGCUUUGGGAGCAACACGUAAGGGAGGACAUAUCCCCAUACACUUGUAUUAUUGAAGGCUGCGAGCAACAAGAUGCGUUAUUCGUCACCCGGGCCCAGUGGAUGAAGCACAUUCUCUCGCAUUAUCCAGAGUGUUGGGAAUGCCAGCCUUGCGGAUUCCCCGGCAACCCGCCACGCAUAUUUCCAUCCGUCCAACUAUUUCUCAAUCACACCAAGGAAGCUCAUGGGCACGCAGUCAGCGAAGAUCAAUACCCUGUCCUGGUCGCAGGUGCUGCUAGGCCAGGGCCUACAGAUAUCAGCGACUGCCCUCUUUGCGACUUUGGCGGACCUGCCGAUUCCGGCCCUCUCCUCGACCACAUUGCCGAGCACUUGUAUUCAUUUUCUCUACUGUCUUUGCCGUGUUCACAAGCCCAUCUACCAGGCGUGGACGGCAGCAGCGUACAUUAUCUCGAGCACGUUGACGGGUGCUCAGAGGAUAUAUCCCAUCGGCCCGACGCAUCGAGCCGUUCGGAUGGGGACUUGGAUGACUUGGUGCCACUGCCCUCUGAUUCUUCUAUUGCCGCAGCUAAUCGAGCCGACGAAGAUCGUUUUUUGGGUGCUCAUCUCGCAGAUAUUCCCCAGUCACCCAUGCCGGCAUUGGUCCUUGCGGAUACUCCCCAGGAGUGGGAACAGGAGGUUCAGGAAACCAAGAACAAAGUCAGCGCAGAGGAGAUUGUCUUCAAGCCGUGGGAGCCUGGGUCCGCACUUUUCCAACAUUGGCGGGAAAAAUUCCUGGUUAAUUUCCGACAUGGGCAUCUCACGGCAACGGCUAUUGUUGGGCCACGGGCACGCUACUCUCACAUCCAAGACACUAGGCGAUAUGCACGAGAUUUUGAUCGAGAUUGGGCACUUUGGGGGACAGUUUAG